UCGUUGACAUUUUAGUCCUGUUUCCUUUGCAAAAGUCACGACAUCAAACGGUGGUUGGUGCCCCGAAAAUAUUUGUGUAAAAAAAUUGUAUAUUUCUUUUGUAAAAAUUACACAAAUGUAUAUUAAUUAAAAUCUUAAAGGAAUAGUGAAAAACAGAAAAUUGUAUUCUACAGAACGUUUGAGAAGCUGCAAAUACGGAAGAAAUUGAAAUAAAUCAGAAAUCCAUUUUUUUCAAAGAGAAGCAAAAAAAUACAUUUUUAUAUAAUCCAUCAACGAUUUGAAAGGAGGAAGGAAACAAGCAAAGCAAGAAGAAGAGAACGAGAGAAAGCAAAAUAGAAAUAAAAAGGAAAAUGUCCUAAAACUUGUCGUGGGUGUUUGUUGGUAUAUAUGUGUGUGUGUGAGUUAAUGUGAGCGUAUUCCUUAAAAGUAAACUGCGUGUGUUCGGAUCGAAACGGCAAGAAAAUAAAGCUUUUCUGUGCCAAACUUGCAAACAAAUUAAAAAGUUACCAAAUUCAAAAUAGUUUAAUUUAAAGCAUAAUCGAAAAUUAUGAGUGAUUCACGUGUAAGUGGCAAACGCACCGCCUCAUCUGUCAUAUCUUCAAAGAUGGACAGCGGAAACCGCAGUCGCAGUGGCAGCAGCACAAAUCUAAAGGAUUCAUCCAAAUCCAAAACAUCAUCGCAACAAGAUGCUGAUAAGGAAUCGGCUGUUACAGAGAAUUCGAAACUAAUUGAAACCACCACAAAUGAGCCCUACAAAGAAACAACGCCAUGUUCACUGUCACACGAUGCGCCAAACGAUUUCCACAUUGGUGUACACUUUUUUACAAGUUUUCAUCGGAUUUGCGUGGUCACAGCUCUCUUGCCAUUAGCAACGUUAUUUACGUGUUUCGUUACAGCCUAUGUCUUCCAAUAUGAUGACGUACAUGAGACACAUUGUCGCGUUUAUAAUAUUGUACCCUCAAUAAGUGCAAUUACCGGUGUUAGCCCACAACGUUAUUUUUGGCGUUUUAGCAUUGCCCUACAUCUGGGUCCACGUAUACCCAUAGCAUUCAUCUACAAGAACUAUUAUCGCAGCAUGUUGGCCAAACUGCAAAAGGAGCGACCCGAAAAGGUGGGCAAUCUGGGGGCAUUGGUUACACUGAUAUUGGUAUUGAAUUGUAUUGAGAUAGCCUCGUUGGGUGGCGUUACAUAUGUGUCAAAUCGGGAAAAUUAUCCUGUGCAUGAACGCAUUUUCAUAACAUUUAUGGUAUGCUCAUUGUGCCAUAUGUUGGCCACCAUUAAAUUGAAUGGCGCCAUCCAUGAAGACCACACUGAACUGUCACAAAAGCAGCGGGACUCAAUCAAAUGGAAGAAAAUUCUCUUUGCAAUGUCGAUUCUAAGCACCAUUGGCCUAUUGAUAUUCUUUGCCAAACAUCGUUUCUAUUGUCAUGUUUUGGCCUUCAGUUGGUUUGCCUUCUUUGAAUAUCUGAUUGCCAUUGCCAAUAUGUUCUUCCACUUUACAAUUAUUUGGGAUUUCUCGUCGUUAAAUAUGUUGAUCAUCGAUGCGCCCAGAGCCAAAUUGGAGGAGUUGUUCCGCAAGCCGCAAGCAUUGAAAAUGGAUUAAAUUCGAUAAGUGAUUCAGCAAAAUUUCAGAGACACAAAUGCAAAUAUCCACACAAAAGAAAUCCAGUCUUCAAAAAAGUAUAAUCCAUCAAUAAUCAUGAUGGGUUUGGAUGGAGGAUAUUCCGAGUUGGGAGUACCUUGGCAAAAUAAAGAACAACAAAUGUUACAAAAUAAUGUUCAAUAUGGAAAAACAAAGAAAAAAAAAAAAAUAAUUCAACAGAAAAAUAUAUACCUAAAACAAGAACAACAAAAACCAACGCACUUAGUUUAUAAAUUAUAUAUUUAUUAUUAUUAUUAUGAAUUCCUUUUUGGCUAUAAAGAGGCAAAACAGGAAAUUACAAAAAUUUAUAUUUUAAGAUUCAAAGAAAAAAAAAUUAUAUUUAUUAUUUUUCGAAAUAUUCCAUUGUAUCAAGUUUAGUUUUUAUUUGGGAAAAAAGCGCUUCCAGUUUUGUUAGGUUUUUGCUGAUAACCAAUCAGGUUUGUGGGGUCAGAGUUCAUUGCAACAAUUCAGGACUUCCCUAGACAUAAUCAACCCACAUAAGAAAGCCGGGUAGUGUGGGUAUUGAUUCUUCCAAAACUCGAUUGUAUGAAUGAUUCCAUUUUUUUUAACAUUUUUUUUUGAAAUCAACUCUGACUUAUCAAUCUUGAUUCUUUAUACACCAUUUUUUCAUUUUAAUUUUCAAGAAAUAUCCUCCUCUAUUGAUGACUAAUAAGUUCCUUUUUAAACUCGAACACACACAUUGAAACAACAGCAAUAAAGCAAAUAGAUUUUUAAUUACAGUAUUACAUUAUAAAUUAUGAUAAUCAUUAACUUAGAAAAAUUGUAGAUUUUCAAAUAAGUUUUCCAUUCAUUGAUUAUAAAUUUAAGGUCUGAAAAUGGUUAUUUGCCUUCAUUAUGUAUUUUAAUUGCAAAGCCAUUUCAAAUAAAUGAUUUAUGUUUUAUUUAAUAAAAAAAGAAAAUGAAAACAAAAAUAACACUGAAGAAAUAUAUUAUUUUAGAAAAUAAGUAAAUGAAUUAAAUUGUACCACCUUACUUUACUAACUGCUAUGCAUUUCUUUUCGGGCACUUUUCCUAGAAAAAGCAAUUAAGGUUUUCUUAUAGCACAACGACGCCAAUGGACCACAAACGGGAGGGAAUAGAAAAAAUAUUGAACAUAAGGUAUGUCUUUUU